AUGAUGAAAAGCCAAUCUUGCUUACGGAAUCAUCCUAACGUCACAGCCACAGAUAUGCCUGGAAAGUGGAAAGAGAAACCGAAAUUCGAAGACCACCAUACCAUCUUGAAGGGAGAAAUCGAAAUGGAAGAACAGGAAGAUGUUACUAAACAUUGCGCCUUCCAUGACAGACAAGGACAUAAUCUAUCAGAAUGCAGAGCUUUCGAACGUAAGACUUUGCAAGAGAAGACGGACUGGUUGAGACAAGCUGGACGUUGCUUUCGAUACCUGCAAUCAAAACACCUAGCUAGGGAAUGUAAAGCCAGCAUUAAGUGUAACAAAUGUGGAAGCAAGCGUCACUUAGAUAUACUUCAUAUGGAGAAGUUAAAGAAGUAAGACAACACGGAAGAAGAUAUAACAUCAGCCCGUACCAACGUCAAAUGCCAACCAAUAUCUAGAGUCUCAUGUAGCAAGAUUGUGUUACUCGAAGUUUUCCAACAAGAUGAACCCGAUCGCAUUAUUAAAGUAUAUGCCUUGAUUGACGAGCAAAGCAAUUCCUCCAUGAUAUGUCCGAAGUUAGCAGAUGAGCUUAGAAUAGUUGGACCCAAGGAGAAGUACUUCUUAUCUACCUGCGGUGGAUCAAAAGAAACUAGAUAUGGCCGACGCGUGCCUGGAUUGGUGGUAAAGUCAACGAAUGGAAUUUCAAUGCCAUUGCCGACCUUGGUAGAAUGCGAGAAUAUUCCUACAGACAAACGGGAAAUACCAACACCCGAGUUAGUUAAGAAAUUCCAUCAUCUGUGA